AGCCGCGCAGCUUUCCAGUAGGAAACGUCCCAAGGAGCGAGCACGCGCAAAUGGUGUGUGAGAAGAGGAUACGGACGGGACGGAGAGCUGCUCAGGAGGAAAGGGGACGCUCGCGCCUUCGCUCGUGAAACAGAAAAACAGGACAGAGAGAGAGAGAGAGAGACAAGCGACCUGAGCGGAGCAUAACGUCACGGUUGAUGCGCGUGCCGGUGCGACAAGCGUGUGCUAUUGAAAAUAGUAAAGAAAAAAAGACAGUUUGGCCGUUGUUGUUUGGGAGCGCGCGCUGGAGUGUACACAGCAAGGGAGCGAGAGCGGAGAGUGCGCAGAACCGACACUCUCACGCGCUAGCGCGCUAGCACAUCACACAGCUAGCUAACCGGCGCUCGGCUUUCUGAGUUGUUGUUGCGUUUAUUUCCGACUGUUUUUUUCUCCCCCGUUUAAACCAAGCAACCAGCGGCGUGUAGAGAAUAUGACAAGCGCCGGGCCCGCUCAUGAGUACUUUAUUCUGCAAAAACUGAACGGGAUUUAGGGGGCCUGGUGUUGGUUUGUUUCUUUCUUUCUUUUCCUUUUUUCUUUCUUUCUUCAACCUGGCUAGCUAGCCUUUAUAGCCUUUAGCCAGUUAUGACAAACACUUGGUGAUUUCAGCAGGCUCGGUUUAUACUCUGUGCUGUUCGUGCGUUUCCCUUCUCCGGAGGCGGAGGGAGGAUAUGGGGAAGCUGUGCCGAGCUGACCGUCUCCAUCUGCCCCUCCAGUCAGGACUUCACCUCGGGGGAACUCUCAGCUUCCCUCCGGCCUCAGAGCUCCUGCCCUGGGAUCUUCUGUGUGGAAAUAUCAUCACCAUCAUCACCCAGGCGCACUUCAGAAACACCGACAGCUAGUUACUUUGGUUUGGAGUUUUGUCUAGUGUUGAACUUGUCAGUCGUACCCGUCUCGGAAUUAAUCAUAAACAGUAAAGUGUUUUCUGAUUGAAAAACAUCUCAAAGACAGUAUUAAGACACAUCAAGGCGUGUUGGAUCUCUGAGCAUGGUCUAUGCCUAAACCCUACAGAGACACGUCAGGACACAAUCAGAGCCUGUUGAGACACUUUUCACCCACAAAAUGAACUAUCAGCAGCACCUCGCCAAUUCGGCGGCGAUCAGGUCCGAGAUCCAGAGGUUUGAAUCCGUCCAUCCGAACAUCUACUCCAUCUACGAGCUCCUGGAGCGGGUGGACGAGCCCCUGCUGCAGAACCAGAUCCGGGAGCAUGUCAUUGCCAUCGAAGACGCCUUUGUGAACAGUCAGGAAUGGACCCUGAGUCGCUCAGUACCAGACCUCAAAGUGGGUAUUGUGGGGAACCUGGCCAGUGGGAAAUCUGCUCUGGUGCACAGGUACCUGACAGGGACGUAUGUUCAGGAGGAGAGCCCAGAAGCUGACGUGGAUGCAGGUGGACGUUUCAAAAAGGAGAUAGUAGUGGAUGGGCAGAGCUAUCUCCUCCUUAUCAGGGAUGAAGGGGGCCCUCCGGAGGCUCAGUUUGCGUUGUGGGUGGACGCAGUGAUAUUUGUCUUCAGUCUAGAAGAUGAGAUCAGCUUUCAGACCGUGUAUCACUACUACAGCCGCAUGGCAAACUACCGCAACACUGCUGACGUGCCCCUGGUGCUAGUAGGAACUCAGGAUGCUAUAAGUGCAGCUAACCCGCGUGUCAUCGAUGACGCUCGAGCACGCAAGCUCUCCAAUGACCUGAAGAGAUGCACAUACUAUGAAACAUGUGCCACCUACGGCCUUAACGUGGAACGCGUCUUUCAGGACGUGGCUCAGAAAAUUGUUGCAAACCGGAAGAAGCAGCAGCUAUCCAUCGGGCCUUGCAAGUCCCUCCCCAAUUCCCCCAGUCACUCCUCAGUGUGUGCGGCCCCCGUCACAGCAGUGCACAUAACACAGACCAGUAAUGGAGGAGGCAGUCUGAGCGAUUACUCCUCCUCUGUACCCUCCACUCCCAGUACAAGCCAGAAGGAGCUACGCAUCGACGUGCCGCAGACGGCCAACACGCCGACGCCGGUCCGUAAGCAGUCCAAGCGUCGCUCCAACCUGUUCACGUCUCGCAAGGCAAGUGAACCAGACAAGGAGAAGAAAGGACUCGAGGGCCGAGCGGACAGUAUCGGAAGCGGCCGCGCAAUCCCAAUUAAGCAGGGAAUGCUCAUGAAGAGGAGUGGGAAGUCACUAAACAAAGAGUGGAAGAAGAAAUAUGUCACCCUCUGUGACAAUGGUGUUCUGACCUACCACCCCAGCCUGCAUGACUACAUGCAGAACGUACAUGGGAAAGAGAUCGACCUGCUGCGCACUACAGUCAAGGUCCCAGGGAAAAGACCCCCGAGGGCCAUCUCCACCUGCGCAGCUUCCGGCCCCAAGACUAACGGCCUUGCCAAGGACAUGAGCAACUUGCAGCUCGCGCAGGCUCCAGGCUCUGUGAGCAGUAGCUCAUCAGCGUCUCAGAUGGCAAGCGGGAUCAGUCUGGUAUCCUUUAACAGCCGGCCGGAUGGCAUGCAUCAGCGCUCGUACUCGGUGUCCAGCGCAGACCAGUGGAGUGAAGCCACAGUCAUCGCCAACUCAGGGGUCAGCACAGAUACUGGUCUGGGAGACUCGGUUUGCUCCAGUCCCAGUAUAUCCAGCACUACCAGUCCUAAAAUGGACCCUCCUCCAUCGCCACACGCCAACCGCAAGAAACACCGCCGGAAGAAGAGCACCAGCAAUUUCAAAGCUGAUGUCUUCUCCGGUGCAGCGGAAGAGCAAGAGGAGAAUUUCGAGUUCAUUAUCGUGUCACUGACGGGCCAGACAUGGCACUUCGAAGCAACUUCAUAUGAGGAGCGUGAUGCCUGGGUGCAGGCCAUCGAGAGCCAGAUCCUGGCCAGCCUGCAGUCCUGUGAGAGCAGCAAGCAGAAGUCGCGUCUGACCAGCCAAUCUGAAGCCAUUGCACUGCAGUCUGUUAGGAACAUGAGAGGAAACUCUCGCUGCGUCGACUGCGAUGCUCAAAACCCUGACUGGGCCAGCUUGAACCUCGGAGCUCUUAUCUGUAUUGAGUGCUCUGGUAUCCACCGGAACCUCGGCACUCACCUGUCCCGUGUGCGCUCUCUCGACCUGGACGAGUGGCCUCUCGAGCUCAUCAAGGUCAUGUCUGCUAUCGGCAAUGACCUGGCCAACACUGUGUGGGAGGCCAAUGCUCAGGGUCGACUAAAACUCGCACCUGAUGCCAGCAGGGAGGAGCGUGAGCGCUGGAUCCGGGCCAAGUACGAGCAGAAGCUUUUUGUGGCGUCUCUGCCGUGUGUGGAGCUGACUUUAGGCCAACAGCUGCUGCGUGCUACAGCCGAAGAGGACAUGCGCUUAGUGGUGCUGCUGCUCGCUCACGGCUCACGAGAUGAGGUGAAUGAGACGUGCGGUGAAGGAGAUGGUCGCACCGCGCUGCAUCUGGGCUGCCGCAAGGGCAAUGUGGUGAUCACACAGCUCCUCAUCUGGUACGGGGUAGACAUCAUGGCGCGUGAUGCCCACGGCAACACAGCACUGGCCUAUGCGCGCCAAGCCAACAGUCAGGAAUGUGUGGAUGUGUUGCUGCAGUACGGCUGCCCGGACGAGCGCUACCCACUCAUGGCCACGCCCAACCUCUCGCGCAGGAACAACAACCGCAACAACAGCUGCAGCAGCACAGGGAGCACUGCCCUUAUCUGAGACGCAUUUCACACUCUCAGAAAUAAACUCUCACGUACACAGCCAGUUGCAUACAUGCACCCCUACCCUCAUACUAACACAAAAGCACACACCCAGCUCUUCCUCCUCUUUAGAGACAGAUUGAGAAACACGAGAGAAGUCCGAGAGCGACUGACUACGAUGAUGAAGAGAAAACGCUAACAGAACCACUGAGUUUGCACUCGCACUGCCUCGCACCACUACUAGCUUCUUAUUCUCGCUGCAUAGCCGAUCACACCGGCGCUCCAUCAUCAGGCAGCGUGUGCCGGGAGAACGGCAGCACCGUGUUCGCCAAAUAAACUUUCUGACCAAGCUGCUGCCCACAAAUCCCACAAGGUGCACGGAGACGAUUGGCGAAAACAAGGCCAAACCAGGAGCUCAGCGAAUGGCAGGCUUACAUGUCCAUUUAGACUUCUCAAAGCAACUUGGUCCUUGUGCCUCCCCAUUCUUUUUUUUUCUUUCUUUUUUUUGUUUUGUGCAGCUCCUUGUGUGACUCAAAUGCAAAGGAAGUGACGCUGGAUCAGUUCCAGAGAUCCUAGAGAACUUCAGCAGCGAUUUCCUGCUUGGUGCUUUUAAAUGCACACGUUCUGUGUUACUUUCGUCCUCUGCCACCCUUUAAGCCAAAUGUUUAGUACAACUGUGUGAAUUUCUGCGCUUUGUACAAUUUAGUUUUUCCUUUUUUUUUUUUUUUUUUUAAGUAAUGUGAAAAGACAAUGUUUCCAAGACCUUUUCGGGAACGCAUCCAAAUACCACAAGGGUGAUGAGACGAAGAAGUUGGUUGUAAACCUUUUCAACAAUUCUGGAUUGUGAAUGAGUUCAUUGGGCAUUUGCGGACCACGUGUAAACCUAAACUAUUCGUGUGAAUGGAUCAAGCUAGCUUUGUGAUUUAUACUUUUUACAAAACUAAAGGGAAUGUCCUGUGAUUGAUAGUUUUUUUUUUCCUGCAUGCUUCUUUUCCCACUGCAAACAAUCAGGUCUUAUUUAGCCGAUGAGUCACGUGAUGACUGACACUAAAGUGACAAGCUUCUGACUGUGUUCUCUCAAGUGCUCGUCACAAUCAAGCGUGUGCGCGCAUGAGCGAGAGACAUAGCCAAGAGUCUUUCUUAUUCCUGUUAGCCAUAUUGAUAAUAUUGAUCAAGUCAGACUUGUUUUCAAAUGAAACCGCAUGCAGAGCGGAGCAGGAGCUUGACCUCGCAAGCUGGUCGAUAUCAAAUGCGCAGCGUCUGCAUUUCUCGCGUGCUUUAUGACGGAAACAUUAGUGAGGGGAGAGCCUACAACCUCAUUUACCUGUUCUUACUCAAUAUUAGGUGCUCAGGAGAAGCAGGAGAACUCUCUUCUAUAUUCUACAUACUUAUUCAUGCCAGAGACUCUUAAGCCUGUGUGUGUGUGAGAGAGAGAAAGAGAGACAGAGCGCGAACAAGGGGUCAUUUGUCAGCAUUGGCCAAAAUGUCCAUUCAUUACUCACUCAUUACUUUCCGAGGCCUUGGAGUGCAGAGCCCUAUUUGGCUCAGUGAAGAGAUGGCUCGUCUUUUGCUGCGCUGUAUCCUUUUCAUCGUUUUCACUCUAUCACUUUGUCUUUUAUAGAAACUCUUUGGUGAAAACCUGGUAAAAAUGAAGAGAAUAUGUUUUGUUUUGUUUUUCUCCCCGAAAAAAAGUCCUUUUAAUGUUUCAGCCCAAGUUCCACAGGCUUGAUGCCAGGCUGUCAAACGAUCAUGAGCAAGUGUGUGUGUGUCUGUUUGCUAAUUCUCUCUAAUCUUUUACCUCUCUUUCCUAGUUGUUCUUUGUCUCACUUGUGUGUGUUUGUGCUGUACAGGCUUGAGCCCUGACUGACCUGUAUUUAAGCAAUACGAAGCCAGAUGAAAGCCAGGCGACUAUCUGAAGUAAUAAUUUUAUUUUCCACACCAGUAUUGGCUGUUGUGUGGCUUUGAGAAAUGUAAGACUCUGUUUCAGGUCAUGUGUCAUUAAGGAAGUUGUGUUCGAGAAAAACUUUAAAAUAAUAAUAAUUAAAAAAAAGACAUGACGCCACUAGCUUAAGGGUUUGUCAUUGGUGAGGUAACGCAAGUCUUUAGUCUGUAACACUAAACAUGUAGGAAGGUGUUUGACCUGUCAGGGUUGCUUUAUGGGUUUUAGGAGUGUGUAGGGAUGAGAGUUCGUAAUAAAAACCUCUAGUGCCCUAGUCUCCUGGAGGGCACUAUAUGGAGCGAGACGUGUGUUAGAAAGAGUGUACAGAGUCUAUUGAAAGAGUUAAGCUGUAAAGUGUUUGUAUAUAAUGUAGCAGAUCCGUAGAGGUCUCAGCACCGUACACAGUAAUUUAUGACAGGAUGCUUUAAGGCAUAAACACACACACAUCCUAAUAAUAAACCCACACUAUCGUGCCCAGUUCACGUCCUUUCUGUGAAAGCCUGAGCUUUUCGGUUUCUGAUCCUUAUUGCAUGCAUGAAUGUAAAUUUCCUCAUAAAUGACUGACAGCUGAUAUUUGAACCUGAUAUUCGCCUUUUUUCCUCCUGAUGUUCGUUCAGUCACUCUUUUAUCUUCAAACAGUCCGUUUCUAUCGCCAUGUGUCCUGUAUGUUAUUGAACUGGCAAAGAAUGAAGGAGUCAUAUCACCACCAUCACCACCUACUCAACCAAUAGCAGAAGAGCAACCAAAGCAGACUCUGCUCCGCGUGAGCAGUUGCGGGUCUCUACGUCUGUUUUAAGCUGCUUUCAUGCAUCUGUGAUUUUAAACCAGUAUCUGCUUGCCGUGUAGCCGCCACCUUCUGUACAUAGCUGUAAAAAAUUGUUUGAAACAUCACUUUUUUUUUUUUUUUGCUUUGUUAUUUUGUUUUGUUGUUUUUGUUACCUCAGUUUGUCGACAGUAUCCUUGAUGCGUCCAAACCCGAGAGACCUGAUUAUUUAUGAGCGAAUAUGCUAAUCUAAAAGGGGUGGGGCUCUCACACUACUUUUCCUUUUGUAUUGUUUUUCCUUUUACAGACCAUUUGCAUUACUAUCAUGUCAAUACGAUUGUCCUUGUUGUAUAUCUAAUUAUUAUUAUUAUUAUUAUUAUAUUGAGUUUGUGUCAGCUGUACAGUUCUGUGUUGAAAAAUUAUACCUGAUGCAGAGUCUUAUACUGUAAUGUGUCUCCUUUCAAUAAA